AUGCCUUUAUUGAAAUUAUUUGAGUUAAUCGAAAAUCUUCUUGGUUUUGGUGAACAUGGCCUUCAAAUUCAACAGAGAUCCACUCAGUCAAAACGUAGAUUAUCAGGAGAGCCGGAUUACAUUAACAGAACCAUCGAUCACUCUCCGAUUCUCCUUUUGGAUUCGGCAAAUAAUCUGAGCAAACUGAAUAUACCAUCGAGAAAAACGUGUCGUCAAUCACUUCCAUCACCACACAACAGUCGGAUUGCAAAUAAUAUUCGCGGCCCAUCAUGGUGGUUAUCAUUAAUUUUUUUACUUAUUUCUACUGUGAUUGGUUUUCAAUCUGGUCUCGUUCUUCUUUGUAAUGUGAAACGAUGUAUUACAGAUGAAUUACCUUCUCAACAUGAAUCAAGUAAUUUACUGAUCGCUAGCAACAAUCGAACAAAUGCGAUCGCAUCUGUUAAUUUACCACGUGUAUCACAGAAGAAACAAUUGAUUCUUAUUGCUGUUAUGACAAGUAAAGAUUUUCUAACGACACGUGCGCCAACAGUUAUGCGUACGUGGGCAGACAAAGUUCCUGGUCAAGUCAUAUUCUUCUCUAGUGAAGGUUCGACGACUAAUGAUUCACGUAUUAAUCUGGUUAGUUUACCAUCUGUAACUGAUACUUAUCCUCCACAAAAGAAAUCGUUUCUUAUGAUGAAAUACAUUUAUGAUCAUUAUUUAAAUAAAUUUGAAUGGUUUAUGCGUGUGGACGACGACGUUUACAUCAGAACAGAUAAUCUCGAGAAACUAUUGCGGUCAAUUGAUAAUCGCAGACCUUAUUAUAUUGGUCAACCAGGAAUGGGAACAAAANCGAUAUGUCAAUACGAUCCACAUUAUUGGGAAACAACGUCAGCUCAAACAAACUUCUCAUCAUUUCAUUUACGUGAUGACAUUGGAUACUGGCGUCAAUAUGGUUUUGGUAUGUUGGGAAUUUAUAAAUCAGACUUAGGAUCGAUUGGCAAUUGGAAUGUGGAGAUAAGUGGAUGGGGAAAAGAAGAUGUAGAAAUUUAUGAUAAAUUAGUUAAAUCUGCAACUUUAAAUGUCUUUCGGACAAUUGAUACCAGUUUGAUGCACGUAUUUCAUACAAAAGAAUGUUCACCAACGUUACAAGAUGACCAAAUGAAAAUGUGUAAAGGAACUAAAUCGAUUACGUUAGGAUCACAGCGUACAUUAGUGAAACAUGUUCUUAAAAUGAUUCAGCUCAAUAAAAUCUGA